AAAUUCUUCACAAGAAGUGUAUUUGAUUUACGCAUUGAACAAUUAACAUUAAAUUUAACAAAUCAUUCAAACAAAUCAAUAUUUACAGAGAAAUGCUUUACAUCUAGCAAUGCUAAUCAAUGUCAUUUUAUUUUAGGCAUAUGUAUUACUGAAACAAAAUUUUUAAAUAAUCUAAAUCAACGUAACCAAUUAUCGAUGAUGACAAUGAUGACGACGAUGAUGAUGAAAAGACCAAUUCUAAUCAAUCGUCAAGAUAAUUUAAUUCAUACUUACAAUAAUAAUAAUCAUAAUCGAACAUCAUCAUUCUCAUGGGAAAUGUAUCAUGAUUUAUUACCAGUCGAUUGUGAAAUUGGACAUGAACAAAUUUUAACCGGUUUACUUAAUAUAAAUACAUCGAUUAAUUAUGUAAAUUUAACUUAUCAUAUAAAAUUAAGCACGAUGAUAAAGGUAAGUAUGAUAACAACAAUCUAA